CGGUCCACAGCCCCCACCACCACCACCACCACCACCACCACCAAAUCCAUAAUCGAACCCUUUCUUUGAAAAUUCCAUAAUUAAUAAAUUCAACCAGCGCAGAAUAAAGUUUCGAUCUUUGCGAUAUUAUCUUUUUGGCCCAAGUCCUAUGUUUUUUUUUCUUUUCCUGGAGGCUGAGUGUCAAGCAUCGCUAAAGUAGGUGGUGCGGUAUUUUUUUUCGUAUUCCGGUCGGUGCUUGUUUCUUGCUCCUCCUGCUUGCCGCCCUCUGGUUGACUCGAAGUCUUUGCUGCCGGAGCAGCGCCCGGAUUCGGCCCGAUCCCGUCACCGUCCGCCCUCCGUUUCGCUGCCCUCCCGAGGUAUUCGCCGAUCGGGCGCCGCCGCCGCCGCCGCCGUGGGGAGCUGAAUUCCGAUGAAAUGUGAAGAAUUGUUUGUUCUUUUUUGAUUUCGGAGGUGGGUUUUUCGCGUGGAGGCUUCACUCUUGCUGUUUUGGACCAACGGGUUUCCUAUAAGUUUCCUCUCAUUUAUCAGACGAAUUUUCCCAUUUGAUUUCCAACAAUCUUGGUAGUUUGGAUCUUCUCCACGAUUUGCCAGAUUUCCUUGUCCACCACCAGGAAUUAGAACAUUUUCUGGGAAGCGUCAAGAUGGGUGCUAUUUGCUGCUGUCCACGCACGGAUGAUAAUGAAGAGUAUACUUAUCCAAGCAAUUCUGUAUAUGGUCAUUGCUUGUGCUUAAGAUUUUUCUUCCACCAGCUAUUUACCGGGGUAGGCUUACACCAAACAUAUCAUAAUGAAGAGUAUACUUACCCAAGCAAUUCAUACAGUGCUGUGUUCCAAAGACCUCAAGGACGGUCUAUGACUGCCACAGCUCCAGUCUCCACUUCUUUGGUUUCAUCAGGAAUCACUGGAGCAUUACCAGACAAUUCUGCGACUGACAUUCACCUUGCAAAUCCCAGACCUGUUCCAUAUGAGGUUGAGCAGAGAUAUUCCCGCUUGCCACGUGAUGGCUUGGUGUCUAGGCGAGAGAAGUCCAUGACCCAUUUCCAAGAAGAGUCGCAACCGCUCAGAAUAAACAUGAGUGGUUCUGGUGCAGAGUCAGUGGAGUUUGAGAAGAAAUGGAGCAGUGUCGAUCCGGAAGAAGAGUCUAAACUUGGCCAAUUAGAACCUGUGGAGAAGUUGUCGACAAACAAAUCUGCGAAGGGAUUAAAUCUGACUCAACUUUCUUCAGAAGAUGAAGACAUCUGUCCCACAUGUCUUGAAGAAUAUACUCCAGAAAAUCCUAAAAUUACAGCAAGAUGCUCUCACCAUUAUCAUCUUGGUUGUAUUUAUGAAUGGAUGGAAAGAAGCGAUAGCUGUCCUAUUUGUGGCAAGGAAAUGGAGUUUUGCGAAAGCCCAUAGCGACGCGUCAUGUAACAUUGGUUAUAACAAAGAGAGAAAAAUAUACACAGAUUAGUUGGGUGUGUGAUCUGUAAAUAAAGGUUCUCUUGCCCUGCUAUGGGGAGGAAAUGGUGGUCUCUGUAUUGUACAUCACAUGUUAUUUCUUAUAUGGUGCUCUCUAUCUUCUCUACUUAUGUAUCGGUCUGCCGGUUUGAACUAAUGCCAAAUCAAACCAGAACUGCUGUGGGAUCAACCGAAAACUCAGCAAUAGCUAUUUUCAUCCAAUGUCGAGAUUGUAAAGCAUUAACUAGAAAGUUACCUAAAGAAGCAAGACACACAGAUCAUUUGUGGCUGUUGAACAA